GGAGCCCUGCCUGCAAACGGCUCCUGCUGCCUGCGCUACCCAGUAUUGCACUGAGAGCCUGGGAUCGGGGAUCGGGAGGGCUGGCCGAGCAGUAGCACCGCAGCCCCCCUCCCCCGGGCAAGGCAGCGAGCGAGCUGCUGCUGCUGCUGCUGCUGCUGCUGGAGGAGCGGUGCAGAGCGGAGCAGCAGCAGGAGCAGGAGGCGCGCGGGCAGGUUCCCGGGGAAGCUGGAGGGAGCCGGGCGCUGUCGAGAGGCUGCCCGGGCUGCGAGCGCGGGGGGAAGUGCGCGCUAUGCCUUUAACGCCCGGGCACAGGAGACAUGUCUAGCGUGUAGGCUAGGGAAACUCUAGGCGGGGUUAAAGUUCAGCUCAUGGAGCUGAUCAGCGCUGCUGGCUGCAGUUGAGCAGAGUUGGAAAUGUGAAAGCAAGAAGCAGGCUCGGCUCUUCCCCCCUCUUUCUUUUUCUCUCUCUCUCUUCUCUCUCUCUCCCUCCCUCCCUCUCUCCCUCCCUCCCUUUCUCUCUCUCUCUCUCUCUCCCUCUCACUCACACACCUCCAAGCCACAAACCCCCCCGCAGCAACCAUGUAUUCUCCUCUCUGUCUUACCCAGGAUGAAUUCCAUCCCUUCAUUGAAGCACUUCUUCCCCACGUCCGAGCAUUUGCAUACACAUGGUUCAACCUACAGGCUCGAAAGCGAAAAUACUUUAAAAAACACGAGAAACGCAUGUCAAAAGAAGAAGAGAGAGCUGUGAAGGAUGAAUUGCUAAGUGAAAAACCUGAGGUCAAACAAAAAUGGGCGUCCAGACUUCUGGCAAAACUACGGAAAGACAUCAGGCCUGAGUAUCGGGAGGAUUUUGUUCUAACUGUCACGGGGAAAAAACCUCCAUGUUGUGUUCUUUCCAAUCCAGACCAGAAGGGCAAGAUGAGAAGAAUUGACUGCUUACGCCAGGCAGAUAAGGUCUGGAGGUUGGACCUUGUUAUGGUGAUUUUAUUUAAAGGUAUUCCGCUUGAAAGUACUGAUGGCGAACGCCUUGUAAAGUCCCCACAGUGCUCAAAUCCAGGGCUGUGCGUACAGCCGCAUCAUAUAGGGGUUUCUGUUAAGGAACUCGAUUUAUAUUUGGCAUACUUUGUGCACGCAGCAGAUUCAAGUCAGUCUGAAAGUCCAAGCCAGCCAAGUGAAGCUGAUAUCAAGGACCAGCCAGAAAAUGGACAUUUGGGCUUCCAAGACAGUUUUGUCACAUCAGGCGUUUUCAGUGUGACUGAGCUAGUAAGGGUCUCACAAACACCGAUAGCUGCCGGAACAGGGCCUAAUUUCUCACUCUCAGAUUUGGAAAGUUCCUCAUACUAUAGCAUGAGCCCAGGAGCAAUGAGGAGAUCCCUACCAAGCACUUCCUCUACCAGCUCUACAAAGCGCCUCAAAUCUGUAGAGGAUGAAAUGGACAGUCCUGGUGAAGAGCCAUUUUAUACAAGCCAAGGGCGGUCUCCAGGAAGUGGUAGCCAGUCAAGUGGAUGGCAUGAAGUGGAGCCAGGAAUGCCAUCGCCAACUCCAUUAAAGAAGUCAGAGAAGUCUGGUUUCAGCAGUCCCUCGCCUUCGCAGACCUCCUCCCUUGGAACGGCAUUCACACAGCAUCAUCGACCUGUCAUUACAGGACCCAGAGCAAGUCCACAUGCAACACCAUCGACUCUUCAUUUUCCAACAUCACCCAUUAUUCAGCAGCCUGGGCCAUACUUCUCACACCCAGCAAUCCGCUAUCAUCCUCAGGAGACUCUGAAAGAGUUUGUCCAACUUGUCUGUCCCGACGCUGGUCAGCAGGCUGGACAGGUGGGGUUCCUAAAUGAAGACUUUCACCUGCCGUGGUCCCAAAGAUUCAGCUUCAUGCUUUCUGACUUCAGCACUUCCAAGCCCAAUGGUAGCAGUCAAGGCAAGGUGCACAAUCCAUUCCUUCCUACCCCAAUGUUGCCGCCGCCACCUCCUCCACCAAUGGCCAGGCCUGUGCCACUGCCAGUGCCAGACACAAAGCCUCCAACCACGUCGACAGAAGGAGGUGCCGCCUCUCCCACUUCACCAACCUACUCGACACCCAGCACCUCCCCUGCAAACCGAUUCGUCACUGUUGGACCACGGGAUCCAAGCUUUGUAAAUAUCCCUCAACAGACACAGUCCUGGUACCUGGGAUAAAACUCACAGCUUCCCACCACCCACCAGACAGACCACCCGACCCCUUCCCGACUCUGUAACAUGGAAGCAGCAGCAACACAGUGCAGUUACUUCGCAUCCAUGGAAGGGGAGAUGAACAGAUAUUGACAGCAAGCAACUGCUCGCAUUCAGAAACGGCAAAAGUUAUGGUUGAUUGACAAGGGCCGUAACAUUGUUUGGGGGGGGCGGGAGGAGGGGAUUUUUUUAAAACAAAAGAACACCUUAGUGACCGAUGUAAUUUCUCAUAUGGUGCUGGAAAUGUUUGGGCUUCAUAAUUUUUGAAGUGUUUCAACUGGUAGUGUAAGCAUUAGGGACACUGGGUAGUAGAGCUAGCCUGCUGGCUGCUUACUGACUUGCUGUUAUAACACUUUCCACAUGGCGCCUAGCUGUUUUACAGUAUUUUCACUGAUUAAUUUCGCAUAUAGGUGUGGGACUUCUUGAGAGAUCAUGAGGAACACACAUACAUGAUAACUUUUGUAGUAGCUGAAUUCUGCAAUAUAGAACUUACAGGACAGACAUGGGGCAUGUUUUUUUCUGUAACAUAUCAGGUGUUUUGUUUUGUUUUUAAUUUUACAGUCGGCAGUUAGAUACGUGACAUGAAUCAUAAGAGCAUUAUCAAUAGGUUGAUUUCCACUCAAGUUGCAGAGAAAUAUAAAAUAUCAACCUACUGCUGUUCACAUGAAAAAGAAAAAAAGGGUUUAAAUGCUGCACUUAGAUGAAACAUUUUUGACGAUUUUCAACAUGAUAUAAAAUCCACACGGAAAUGGGGAAGUUGGUCUGUUUUGAUAGAAACUGACAGGAAUCAAUCAAAACAAUCGAAUUUUGAAUUGAGAAAAGUGCAAUUUCAUUGGAUAGCUAAAUAUCUUUGUAAGAUAGAGAUUGUUGAAAAUUCUAUUUUUGUUUUCCAAGUCCUACCACCCCAGGACUCUAAAUUAUCGGGGUAAAAAACAGCCUUGCAAGAAAAAAAAAGGGGGAGCUAUUUUUGCUUUUUAUGUUUUUUAUUGUUAAACUUGUAUCCCUUUAAAACUGAAGGAAAUUUAAAAAGAAAUGCAAAAUUUAAUGGUGCUUUUACCACAAUAUGUUAUCUACAUUAAAUGCUAAUUAAUCAUUUUCUGUUAUCAAAGCACAUAAUUAAAAUUAAAUCAUAAUAUCUGUUAAUUUUAUAAGCUAAAAGUCACUAUAAUAGAUUAUGCCAAUUCUGAUAAAAUCAUGUGUGUUUCCGGCAAUAUAGGGUAUAUCACUUCUCAAAAUACUUUGGCCACAACCAGACACGGAGGUAGGUGUGCUUAAGCCCAUUGAAACAAAUGUCCUUAAGUAUGCUUCACUCUGAGUUGGACUGUGGCCCUUGAGCUAAUAAGAGAAAGCUGUCCAGAAAAUAAAACGCCUUUGUGUCCCUGAACUGGCGUUGGUUUUUUUCUGAACUGCAAAGGUAACAAAACAGAAGCAAAAUGCUGAUUCUACAUCUUAUACCAGUUCAAAGCAAGGACACUUGCUGAGAAGAAGAAAAAAAGUUUGGACCCAAAAUGUCCUGAUCUUAUGUACAAAAAAAAGAAAAAGGAAAAAAACAACAGGAAAAAAAUGCAAGUGAUUUUUUUUUUCCUACCAGACAGCGGAGCACCCCUUUGCUUCCCAUGCAACUUUAAGAAGGUUUCCUAUAUUAUACAUAUAUAUACGUUCUGGUUGGCGAGUCUCGCUAAUCAGAGAAAUUCUCUGCAUGUUCUAGUGUUAGUAACUAAUUUUUAUAUAGUUAAUGUAGGGUAAAGUAGAGUGCAUUAAGACACAAUAUUGUAAUCCCUAAUCCAGGCACUUGCCUUUAAACUAUGUUUGUUCGGCCCUUCAGAAGGGUUUCUACUACUGUCCUAUACAAUCAAGUAAACUGAAUUUCUUGGGAAGACACUUUGCUCCUCAUCUUUUCCCUGAAACUAAUUUUUUGUUUUGUUUUGUUUUAUUGAUUUGCACGAAACAAAAACAAAAAAAAAUUCCAUAUCAAUGUGCCUUGCCCUGGAUAGCGAUUAUUUGUGGAAUUGUUGCACAUGUUCCUAUAUUGAAAGGGGUUUUUUCCCUAGUCAAGCAUUUGGAGACACUUUUUUGUAAAUGUGACUUUUAUGUCAGCCAUUGUCAGUUUCAGCAUCUUAGAAUUCAGUAGGAUGUUAGUUGUUCCACAGAUAGCGGUAGUGUUUUCUUGUCCUGUACGGUCAGUGGCAGUGCUAUUCUGAGAUCUGUAGAUGCUAGAUUAUCAGUAUUUUUGAUGUUGCUGCAUUUUACAUUUUAUUUGGAGUCUUCCUUUUGUUUGUUUUUUUGUUUUUUCCCAGAUAUAUGAAAAUAUGCAAUACCUGCUUAUAUCAUGUAGAAGAAAAGCUUAGCAAUUCUUAAUUUUUCUUUAAAUUUUUUUUUAUUUGACCAAAGUCGGUGCUGCACUUGACGCAGUGUAUUUUAGGUGUUUGUCUUUGUACUUUUUUGUGAUUUUUGAAUGCACACGCAGGAAGGGCUCUUCUUAGAGAAGCAGUCAAACUGUGAAGCACUAAGCUGAACCCUGCUUCAAGCAAUUUUUGUUUUACAACUGUUCCUUUCACAAGCAAGCCUUAAAAAAAACAACCUCCCUUUUUCUUCAAAUCCCACACCCAUUUUUAUUAGCAGAUUGCAAUCAAUCCACAUUCAAUAAAAAGUAUAUAAUGCCCAUUUUUAUAUGCACGUUUUUAAAACUUCCAAGUUCUGAAAAUUGUUUACUGGUUAUUCUCUAUUUAAGGAAAAAAAUGUUUUGGAUUUUCAUAUAUGUCAAAUAAGUGGUUGAGUAGUCAUUUGCUCCGUUGUAUUGUGUGAUUGUUAGUGUUAUGGUAUCACAUCCACUAGCCAGCAUCCUUUGCCUUCCCUAUAGCACUUAGCAGGGCAUUACUUUAUUAAAACAUAUGUGCACUAAAAAAAAAUAAAAAAUAAAAAAAUUAGCAGCUUUCAGUGCUUCACAGUGAAGGGAAAAAAAGCCUAGACAAACAUUUUGUCAGAACCUUGCUAUAAGCCAAGGUAUAACCAGUAAAUUGGUUGUAUAUACAACAAAAUUGCACCCUUUUUUAAAAAAACAAAAACAAAGCAAACUAAGCAAUAGUUUGGGCAGUUAGUUGUUUUUAGUGAGCAUGCCGUAGUCAUGGCCGCAAAGAGAGAGAGAAUCAAAUCUGCCCACUCAGAAGCGAUGUAAUUUGUAUGUUGUAUAGUUUUAUUGAUUACACUGAUUUAUUCUACCCUAUUUUAUAAUGCAGGACUUUUGUAAUGUUGUUUAAAUGAGGAAAAUUUCUGUCAAAUUAGCUUAGUGGAAUUUCUGAUUGUUCGUUAUAAAGGCAGCAUUCAUAGAAUUGCUUUUUCCCCCUCUGGGAACUGGAUUUAAGUUGAAAACUUUCCUGUUUCCUUUUUGUAUGUAUUUAAAUACAGUUAUUUUUUUCCCCUCUCUCCUUAUCUCAAUAGUAUAGCAUAUUCCUAUGCUUGAGAAGUAUAGGCUACUGAAGAACCAUUGUAAAUGGACAUUGCAGAUAUGCUGUAUUUUUGAAGGUGUUUUAUCGUAUUAAGUUUGAAGAUGGUAAAGUUAGGGAAUUCUGAUCGGAAUCUCAUAAAACAAAUUGUUUUAAAGGCUUUAAACAUUAGGUAGGCGGUCAAGGGUGUUUACCAACAGGGGUUGUAAAGUAUUAAAGACACUAAAUUAAAUUUUGGUUCAUCUUAUUGUCAUGCAGAAACACAGCAGUUCAGAUCUGUUCAGGUGUGGAGAACAAACAGAGUUUUAUUCCUCAAAGUAGAGCAGAGAAUGGAGAUCUGAGGAGAGACAACUGCAUGGGGUGUGCAGUCUACAAUAGAGAAAUAAUCCUGGGUCACACUUCAGAAUCAGAUUCACAUGUCCAUUCCCCAUUUCAAAAUUGCUUUUUAUUCUUUGUGCAAACAACUUUUCUUUCUGAUCCUUUCUUUUAAAACCGCCAGAUGCACAACACCGGCUCCCACUCCCAUUUUCCUCCUCAGUCCGCCCCCUGCAAAAUAACACUGCUCUCUGUGAAUUGACUCCACUAGUAGUUUCCUAUUCUUUCGACCACUUUUCAAAAUAGGACUUUAGCUUGUUGUCAUUCUGCACACCCCUGCAAUAAAGUAUUUAUUAAUCAUGUUAUAUAGUGAUAUCCAACAUCAGUCACCGGGAGUAUACCUUGGCUGUUUGGUGAUCUCUCCCUCUUCUCUUAAGAGUUGAAAAGUGAAGGAAUAGAACCUUUUUUCCCCACAGUAUUCAGUCAGCCCACAGGAAUAUGUAAAAUUCCUCUACCUAGUUUUCUUUCACAGUUUUCUUUUUGUUCCAUAUAUUUUGCAGCUUUGUAGUAACAGUGUUAACAUUUACUGUACACAUACAUACAUACAUACACACACACACACAAAACAAAAGACAAAAAAAACCAAGAUACGUGGCAUAAAACAGGUAUUUUUCCUUGCGGUUUUUUUUUUCUUUUUAAACAAAAUGUCACUUAAUAUUAUACUUUACAUUGUGUCUCUGGAAAUAUCUUUCUUUUUUUAAAAAAAUGAUUUUACUUUGGUAGAAGGCCUCCAUAGAACAAACAUUGCAAACCACGACCGGCAUGAAAAUGUAAGGAGAGCUUCAAUGGCACCUAAAAGAAACUCAUCUUUCAUGAGAUCUAUUGGGGGAGGUCUCAUGAAGUGAACUCUGCCUACCAGGCAAGGUUUCCAUUAAAUCAAGCUUACAAAGCCAAUUUUGUCUUGAAGUCAAUGCAUGUAUUACUGUUUGACAGUAAAACCCGGCUAUGCCACCAUCAAGUCCAAGGCUGUGCAAUAGUCUAAUUAGUAUCGAGUACAUUUUCCUUUUAUUUUUUCCAAUAAAAAAGCAGUGGGAUGAAAAUUGCUUUGAUAUAUAGCAGGUAACAUUGAAGCUAUUCCAUAGCACUUAACUGUAGUGAAUACUGUGUCACCAAUUCUGAAAUCAAUUUAAUGUUUAAUGCAAAUCCAUUACAUGGUGCUAUUACAGGCUGGCAAAAUGAUUUACAAAAAUGUGACAACUUGGGGCUCAAUUCACUCUGCUUUCCAACAAUGUAAAUGCAUAGCAGUGUUUAUCUGCAUGAGAACUAUGCACUAAUAUAAAUCUGAAAAAAGAAAUAUAUCAACUUUGGUAUCUAGUUUCCGUUUACUUCAAUCCUUGCCUUUUUGGUCAUUAUUAUAAAUGCCAGCUUUAGGACAGAAAGAAAUAUAAGAAAACCAGCAUAAUACCUGAUAUAUUAAAAAUGUAGUGCCUGUGAAAUCUGUAUUAUAUUGCUCUUCUGAAGUAAGAUUUUUUCUACACCAGUAGCCUUCGCUGUCUGUCAGAACCUUCUGAUAUAGGUGAUGUAAAAUAACCGUACAAUAUUAAUGCAUGCUAUUCCAUAAUGCUUAGUGAGCUGUAUGAAUAUUACUCAAAGUUAUGUUAGUCUUUUUUUCUGACUUGGUUCUUGUCAGAUAGGUUUAAAGAUAUUUCACUGAGAACACAAAUUCUGUUUUUUUUCUCUCCUUGAUUUUGGGUGUUUUCAGUAUUUUGGAUAUAUACAUUUAACUUAAAAUUCAGUAUUAUUUGUUGGGGGCAAUUUUUUUUAUUAAUAAGGGCAGGCAUAGGGUUUGAAAUCAGAAAUCCAUGCCUGGUGGUAUUUUUUCCUUUGCUUAGAAGCAUCCAUAAGAACUCUUAAGAGCUUAUCUCAGAAGAAAAAUAAGACAUCAUUUCAAUGUAAGGAACAAUUCUCCAACUUGGAACUGACAUUGAAAGUGGUUUCUUCGUUGACAGUGUUUAAACCAGGUACCCAUGCUUGACCCUUCUUCACAUCAGACCUCCUCAUAUUAAAACAAACUUUUAAGAACCUUUUUAAAAACCCAACCUCAUGUGGCUAUUUAGUUUCAUGCACCGUUGCAAUUUUUUCCUUCAAAAGUCUGUAUAAACUUUGGGCCCGAUUCAUAAAUAGUCACUAGGCAUUAACAUAGGAUUUUGUUGUAUGAUUCUUACCCCAAAUUUGAGGUCCCCCUCCUCUGUCCCCAUGACAAGAACAAAUUUUAGCAUGUUAUUGUUACCAAGAGUUCACCUGAUUUCAUGUCCAUCAGGAGGCAGAACACCUUCAAUAUACACAUCAUUUGACAAGGGGAAGGAUCCCUAGAAGAUAAUAAGUUGAUGAGAGCAUCCUUAUUCUGCACUUUGCACAGAUAAGGGAUUUUUACUGUCCUGCUGAACAAAAAAAUAAUUCUCUUGGCCAUAGCAUAAUCUGCUAGACUUUGUGCAGAGGUUUUGUACUUCACUUCAUAAUCUUUCCGAGUGCAAAGCAAUGUUAGAGCAAAUACUUCUAAUUCAGUAUUUCACUAGAUUUCAUGUACUCAUUCCUGCAUCCUGCAUCCUCAUUUACAGCAAUGCCUCAAAUCAGUGAACUCCCACCACUACCCCAAGAUAGAAAGGAUGAAGCCAGGAAUCAUCAUGAUCUGUAGUAUAAAUGCAAGAGCUGAAAAAGACCUUGGCAAUUCCAUGUAGAGAAGGCAUUCUACUAAUCUGAUCUUGGAGAGCACAAAUAUUGACUAGAGCAAAGUGUCUGAGUGGACAGUCUCCCACCUGUACCUUCACUUUAGUUGCUACUGUAAGAAGGCAGGAAACUGAUUUUGCAGCCACUUUGCAGGCUUGCAAAAUGUGUUAGUGGGAACAUUCAGCAAAUGAGAAUACCCACAAUUGACCUGCUGUUGGCUUCUUUGCACAAUUAGACAGUCACCGGCUCACUUGCUCAGUUCUGCCAAUCAAAGUACUUAUGGACACAGUGCAACUCGCUCCCACUGAAGGCAGUGAUGGCCACCAACCUAGGUGGCUUUAAAAGAGGAUUAGACGAAUUCAUGGAGGAGGGGGCUAUCAAAGGUCCAUGAUGACUAUACUCUGAUUCGGCAUUUGGAGGCAGCAGUGCUUCUGAAUACCAGUUUCUGGAAACCACAGGAGGGGAGAGAGCUCUUGUGCUUGAAUCCAGCUUGUGGGUUUUCCAUAGGCAUCUGGUUGGCCACUGUGGGAACAGGAUGCUGGACUAGAUGGGCCAUUGGGCUUGAUCCAGCAGGCUCUUCUUCUGUUCAAAUAUUGAGAAAUUCUUUUUCAUUUUGGUGUAACAAAAUGGACAUGUGAGAGAUCUGCUGCAAAAUAACCUCAGCCCUGUGUUAAUACCCCUGUGUCUCUACUUUUUUAAUGAAUCGGGUCCCUUGUGCCUCUAGUAUCCUUGUAUUGACUCUCAGAGUUAUCAUUUUAGUUUUAUUAUGUUCUGUGAAAAUUUGCAAUUGGUUGAGAAUCACUGUGGGCAUCCAUUCUUUUUUCAACUAAAUCUCUGCAGGUUUUUGAGCUGGUGUGGAUUAGUUUAACUCUUGUAUUCAACCAUUAGUGCUACCACCCUCUCACAUUACAAUACGAUUACUGGAAGCAAGUACUGCAUUUCCUAUGCAACAAAAAAGGAAAAUAAAAAAUUGCUAAUGCUAA